AUGCAGACCGCAAAUCAGCGCUUCGACUACGCUUCAUAUCAGAAACCUCAGAGCGAGGCUGUCUAUCAGCAAGCCCUGAGACAGUCACUGCCAUAUCCUGCCAAGGGAGGAAUGGAAAUUGGAGGACUACUGAACGCAAGGAAUGCUGCUGCAGCGGACGCUGAACUCAGACGUCAACUACAACAGUCAAUGCACAUGGACGGCGGCGUGGCAUAUGCCAUGAGCCAAGCGCCCAUGGCUCAUCACCAGCACGCGAUGCAUGCCCCCGGAAUGCAAUACAUGGGUCAACCUCAACACAACCCUCAACUAUAUGCACAGAGCUUCAUCCCCAGACAUGACACCCAGCAUGCGGUGGCAGAAGACAACUUUGGUGCUAUGCGCCCAAAGAACGAAGGCGCGCCAAAAGCAUUCGCCUGUAGUACAUGUUCGAAAGGCUUUGCGAGACGAAGUGAUCUUGCGCGUCAUGAGCGCAUUCAUAGCGGUAUCAGACCUCACGCUUGCGACUUUCCUGGUUGCGGAAAACAAUUCAUUCAGAGAUCUGCCCUGACUGUACAUGCAAGAGUUCACACUGGGGAGAAGCCACACAUGUGUGAGCGAUGCGGCAAGCCGUUCUCUGAUUCCAGCUCUCUUGCACGACACAGAAGAAUUCACUCUGGAAAGCGUCCUUACAAGUGUCCAUACGCCAACUGCCAGAAGACAUUCACCAGGCGCACGACCUUGACAAGACACCAGAACCAUCAUACUGGCACAAUCGAACAAGCAGCAGCAGAGACUAAUGCAAAACUAUCGACCACGCAGCCUCAGACUCAAUCGAUCUACGGGUCUACGUCAGGCUCAUCCAGAAACUCUACGGCAUCGCCCGCCGACAGACCACUAUCGGUUUCGCCCAAUUCGGAGUUGCCCCCAAUGGCCAAUGGGAUGCAUCGUCAGAGUUCAGACUAUGGAUUCCUCCCUCAGAACCACCAGUCGCUACCUCCACACAUGCGAUCCGACUACCAACAAAACUCGGCUCGCUCGACACCCAACAUGAAUGGUCACCAGCUCCAAAACUAUACAAGGCCAUCUCAACAACGACCAACCACGUCCCACCCACAAAACUAUGGUGGUCCACCUCAGCCAAUGGAGCCACCGGCAACCGGCACAGGCAGCGGCAGCGGCAAUGCUUCCCCUCACAUGGGCGCUCUUGCCUGGGCACAGCAGAACGCUACUGGAAACCACCCUGCAGCCAACAACAUGGACAAUUAUGCUUAUCCUGACCCUGGCUACGGUGGUCAUGCCGCUCUCUACUACCCGGGAAGCAGCAUUCGCAGACCUCAAAGCACGGAACCUUCCGACCCUGGCUACGACAUGCGAGGCCGUCAUCCUCAUAUGGCGCAUCACAUGCCCGUUACUGCCGACUGGAGCGCGAUGCCAAUCGCCGUCCAGGAUAACCGACAAGAGCGAUACGUGAUGUAG